GAGGGAGCGCGUGCGGCGAGUCAUUUCAGCAAAAACAAAAGUGAAAGGACCAAGAGAGAGGAAGAGAAGAGAGGAACGCGUUCCCGGCAAGCAGCGAUGGACAACGCAUAUCGCUAUGCUCUGAUCGUUGAACUUGAUAAAAACGACAUCCCGAAACUCAAAAACAAGUUGGUGAAAUAUUUCCAGAGUAGAAAAUCAAACGGUGGAGACUGCCAGGUUGAAUAUGAAAACCACAGCGGGACAGCGGCGGUGCGAUUCCGAUCCGACGAAGUCAGGCGACGGGUUCUGGAGAAAAAAACGCACGAGGUCCAUUUGAAUCAAGGGCUGCUGAAGAUGACCGUUCGCCUGCCUGACGAAGAGAGCUCGUCAACACUGAACACGCCGUCUGAAAACCUCAAGGAGAAAUCUCAUGAUGCUGGAAAUACCCGACAAGCACAUGGGGAUGGCUGUGCUCCUGACACUGGAGUGGAAGCGGAGGUGAAGAGUAAAGAAGAUAAGACAGCAGAAGAAGAGCUGUGUUCGACCUCAGCUGUUUUAGAGAAUGUUUCCCACAGCUUCAACUUUGAGUUCUUGGAGAUGCUGGUGGAGAACAUAUUAAAGGUUUCUGAUUCUUCAGCGACCCUGCAAGACUUCAGCUUGGAGGUCCUGUCUGAAUUCUGUUGUGCUGUGGCGACUUUCCAAAGUGCAAAAGUAAACACAGAUUUCAUUUCAAGGUGCCCCAGCAACCGGAUAUUCAAGAAGAAUGGGUUUUCUGUCCGGCCUCUAGAAGUCACUACCCAAGUGAGAAUUGAAGACAUUCAAAAUGUGAGCGCAGACCACCUUUUUCUAUAUUUUGAGAAUGAAGGCGUGGAUGUGGAAGCUGUCCUUCCCAAUGAAGAGGAUUGGUCUGCUGUCAUCACCUUUAAAAACCCUCAAGUUAUCCCCAGAGUCAUCCAGGAGAAACAUUUCAUCCAACAGAAAUAUUUCAAAGUUUUUCCAUUUUAUGAAUCUUUGGGAACAGCUCUGUAUGGCAAAGACAGACCCAUGCUGAAACUCCCUGCAGCAUUCUCUGAGACCAUCGAUCAUUCUGUCUGGAGUUAUCUUCACAAGAAACCCGAUGCUGCAGAGACCAUUCACACUGAUCUAGCCAAGCACUUCUGCAAGGUAGAUCUCCAGCAAUCAACUGUACAUUUAAGCCCCUCACCCCAAUUACUGCAUCAAAAGGGUGUCAAAGCCAAGGACAUCAAUGAAUGGAAGCAUACAGUAAAGGGAGCCUUCGACCAGGCUUUGUCCAGAUUCAAAUCUAUUAAUCUUGAGCCUCAACUGAAAGCUUGGGAGGACAGUGAAAUGAAAGUUAGAGAGGCAUUGGUGAAUGAGGAUGUGGGUGUUUUCCCUGAUAAACACAAAGGCAUCUUGUCAGUGGUUGGCCUUGUGGACAACGUGAGCAGAUUGGAGCAAACCCUUGGAAAGAUCAUAAACAUUACUGCCAUCAAGGUUCAGAGAGAGAAUUCGAGCAUAACAGAUGUGUUCAGUUUGUCUCCAUCCAUUUACCACAUCCUGUGUCAAGCUGACCUUCAGCAAAAGAUAUUACUUGAAUAUCCAGAGCUAAAAUUACAGUACAAAGUGGAAAGUGGGGAGUUACUUUUUCAUGGGUUAAAUCAUGAGGUUUUAGGAGCAAACAAAAUAGUAAUGCAUGGGGUGACAACACUAAAACGGCGAAUGUUAGAAUUUGAUGACUUUGUGUUCGAAUUUGUGAAGGGCAGUGAUGAAGAGAAGCUCACACACUCUCUUCUCACUUCAAACGGAAUAGACGCGAUGCUUGAGAUAACUUCUAAGGGAAUGCAACUUGUUGCUGUUUCAGAGAGUGCUCUGAACAAAGCCGAGGAUCACCUAAAAAGGCUCCUUGUUUCUCAAUACCUUGUUGUUGAAGACGGUGAUGUUCUGAAGAUGCCAGAGUGGCGGGACCUGGUCUCUCGUUUGAAGGACAACACUGAUGAUUCACACAGAAAAAUUCUGAUUAGCCAUUUUCAGCCAAAUAAGCAGGUAGUGGUGUCAGGGUACAGGGAUAGCGUUAAGACAGUGCACAGUUACCUUGAUGACUUCUUAACCCAGAAUGCUAAAGUUGAAGAGACUGUUGCAGUCAAGUCCACCACAAUUGUCAAGUACAUACAAGAAUAUAACAAAAAUGCCUGGUCUGAUGAAGCGAAAGACAAAGUGGCUGUGUCUUUUCAGAAACAGGAAAUCCUCUUGAGUGGUUCCAGAGUCAGUGUCACAAAGUGCAAGACAAUGUUUGAACACCUGGUUUCUUUGGUAGUCUUUGACACUUUAAAAGUAAUCAAGCCAGGAGUGAAGAGAUUCUUUCAGGAGAAGGAAGCUCUUUUUGUUUCUAUAGCCAUGAAUGAAACUGGUAGCUUGAUCCAGUUGGUUGACAAGAACAGUGGGAAAGAGGAAGAGGCACCCAAACCUAUAUACCAGCUGAAGACAUCUGAUGGGGUAGAAAUAGCCGUUUGCAAUGCUGAUAUGUGCAGUUACCCAGUAUAUGCAGUCGUUAAUGCUUCUAAUCAGGACUUGAAACAAUCCGGGGGUCUUGCGGGAGCACUCCUGGAUGCCGCCGGCCCUCAGUUGCAGGUUGAAUGUGACAAAAUUAUUAACCAGAAGGGACCCCUCAAGCCAGGGGGCUGUGUUGUGACUGGUGCUGGGGGACGGCUCAACUGCAAAAUGAUCAUCCACGCCGUGGGGCCAAGGUUUGACCAAGCCAACCAUCAGAGGGCUGAGGGGCAGCUAAGAAGAGCUGUUAAACGAAGCCUUGAACUAGCAGAAGAACAUGGCUGCCUCUCUGUGGCUUUGCCUGCCAUCAGCAGAAAUUUGGGGUUCCCUCUCCCAUUAUGUGCACGCACCAUCGUCUCAGCAGUGAAGGAGCACUGUGAUGACAAGUUUGGAGACAACACCCUGAAGAGGAUUCAUUUUGUGAACAAUGAUGACAGUGCUGUUAAUGCUAUGGAGGCAGCGGUCAGACAGGCAUUUGGAAAGCAUGGGGUCAGUCAUUCUAAACAGGGUCAUCCCUCCAAUUUUAUUCAUGUCAGACAAACAAUGAGCAGCAACAGCAACGCCAAUCAAGUACUGACCAAAGAGGGGUUGAGCAUCGUUUUGACCAAAGGGAAUAUCCAGGAUGCUACGACCGAGGUGAUUGUGAAUGCUGUAGUGGGUGAAGACCUCAUAUUGAAUAAAGGAGCAGUUUCAAAAGCUAUCCUUGAUGCAGCUGGACAGGAACUUCAGGCGUUGGUAAAGCAAAAUAAAUCCAGUGGAAAAUUUGGAGACAUCAUCAUUACCAAUGGCUGCAAGUUGAAAAGCAGCCAAAUUUUUCAUGCAGUCAUCUGUCAAUGGGAUAGUGGAAGAGGCACAGCUCAAAAGAUACUGAGUGGCAUUAUGAAGGAUUGCUUGGUUCAAGCAGAGGACAACAAGCUGUCAUCAAUAACCUUCCCUGCCAUUGGCACAGGGAAUCUCGGCUUCCCUAAAGGUCUUGUAGUCUCUCUCAUGCUGGAUGAAAUCCUGAACUUCAGCAGCAGCAAACAGCCUAAACACCUGAAGAAGGUAGUGUUGAUCCUUCACCCAAGAGAUGCUCCGACAAUCCAGGUUUUUACAGAUGAGUUUAACAAAAGGUUUUCUUCAUCCUCACAUGGUCCAGCACCUACUUCCCCAAGUGCAGGCCCCUUUACUAAAGUCAUCUCAAGCUCAGGGAUGUAUGAGACCAAAAUGGGAAGUGUGGCUAUCCAGGUAGUCACAGGGGACAUAACGAAGGAGACCACCGAUGUAAUUGUCAACUCCACCAAUGAAAGCUUCAAUCUUAAAUCAGGGGUGUCCAUGGCCAUUUUGAAUGCAGCUGGACAAACUGUAGAAGCAGAAUGCCUACAACUUGGUGCAGGGCCAAACCCAGGCAUGAUAAUGACCCAGCCAGGCAACCUCAAGAGUCAGAAGAUUCUGCAUAUGGUCGGCCAGACUGAUCCCCAGAAAAUCAACAAGCUUGUGAAAGAUGCUCUCCAAAUGUGUGUGCAAAACUCAUAUACCUCAGUCUCCUUUCCUGCCAUUGGAACAGGCCAAGGCAAUGUGCAGGCAAGCCAGGUGGCGGAUGCCAUGUUUGAUGCAGUGAUAGACAUGGUGGGACAGAACCUUCUGAAGCCUCUGAAGACGAUCCGGAUAGUUGUCUUCCAGCCGGGCAUGUUGAAAGACUUCCAUGGCAGUAUGCAAAUGAGGGAAACCGCUGACAAUCAGGAUAUUCAGGCUAAAUGGUCUCUCUUGGGAAAUAUCGGCCACAAACUAAAAUCUUUCUUCACUGGGGACAGUACCAGUAAAUCACAGAAGACUGAAGACUUUGUCAUUGAAGGCAAGAAAGUGGACCCUGCUUGCUUCCACAUAUGUAGCGACUCGCAGGCUAAAGUUGACAGUGCCAAGCAGUGGAUCAGCAAACUGAUAUCCAAGGAAGAGUCUGAGGUUCACAUUGAUGACAAGUCAAUCCCCAACCUCACCAGUGCAGAUCAAAAGCGCCUCAUCAAUAUCCAGAUGUCCAUGGAUGUGCGUUUGAGGACUGAGCGAAAAAAUUCCAACAUGUCAAUCAUCAUUGAUGGACUCAGUGCAGAUGUGCUCAAAGCCACCACUGAAAUCCACGAGAUGCUGAAGAAGGCUCGAGAUGAGGAGUCCUUGAAGGAGUAUGCCAAAUUAGCCGCUGCAGUGACAGACUGGCAGUACCAGCAGCAGGGGCUUCCCUUCCAGAGCUUUGACCUCAUUUCCAAUUUUCACCUUGAGCAAGCAUUGGAGAAGGCCGUUCCUCAUGUAGAAGUCAGUGUCCAGGGUCAAGUGUACAAGGUCAUAAUGCCAAAUGGACCCGCCACAGAUAAUCAGGGACAGACUCUACAAAUUAAGCGCAUUGACUUACUGAAAGACCAACAAGCUGGAAGUUUCCCUCAGCAGUGGGAUGCCAUCCCAGCCAAAAGCACAUGCCAUGUUGUCCCUGUCCAGCCUGGAGCUGCAGAGUACAAUGAAGUCCUCAAAAUGUUUCAGGCCACAUGCAAUAGUCAAACAAUUAUCAAGAUUGAAAGGAUUCAGAACCCAAGCUUGUGGAAGGGCCUUCAGAUCAAGAAGCAGGAUAUGGAGCAGAGAAAUGGUCACCAGAACAAUGAGAAACGUCUUUUUCAUGGCACCUGCUACACCACUAUCAACCACAUCAACAAUCAUGGCUUUAACAGGAGUUAUGCUGGAAAGAAUGCUGCUGCUUAUGGCAAUGGCACAUACUUUGCUGUAGCAGCCAGUUACUCCGCUAAUGACACAUACUCUAAGCCAGAUCCCCAAGGACAGAAGUUCAUCUACCUCUGUCGUGUCUUGACGGGAGAUUACACCAAGGGCAAGAAUGGAAUGAUCGUGCCACCACCCAAGCGCUCCAACGACAUUCAGCAGUAUGACAGUGUCGUGGACAACGAGGCCAACCCUUCAAUGUUCAUCAUCUUCCAUGAUUCUCAGGCUUAUCCUGAAUAUUUGUUAACAUUCAAGUAGAGAACAUGGAGAGAGAAAUAAGAUGCCUUACAUUUUACACUGCCUUAAGAAUAUUUUUUCAUGAUGGUAAAUUAUUAACAAACUUAAAAAAAAUGUUAAUCUUUUGAUAGUAUGAAGGGAUCUAUUUCUGUGUUUUAGACAUUUAGCUUACACAUAAAAAAAAGUUGCUUAGUAUGAUUUCACCUAGAUAAUUAGCCUCUCAUUCCUAGAUUUACAACAUUACAUGCAAACAAAAUUAAGGGUACAAGAGUCAUAGCUAUGUAGUGUCCUAAAAUAUCCCAUACUGUAGACUAAUUAUGUGAGUGAGAAGUAUGAAAACAGAAAUAAAAUAAGGGCUAAGGAAAUGAACAGUUGUUUGUUUCUUAAAGACCAUAAUUAUGGCUGUCAUCCACAUACUGGUAGACUGGAAGUUGGUAUGGAGCGUCGUUGCAAGAAAUUAUUAAACUUCUUAAAUCAGUGAGCUUUAUCUAUAUCGUCUUUGUGUUUCAAUCACUAUUCCUCAAUGUGAAGCACUUUAUGUGAUUGUAUGGAACAUUAACACGUGAAAGAAUCUGGAAGGAAAGUACCAGAUCUCUUCCAGGAAAUCAUGUGAUUCUACAGCCCUUGUAUGUAUAGAUGCUUGCCUCAUUUGAACAAUAGCUGUUGACUGAAAGAUAAAGUGAAAGUAAACAUGACAUAAAAAACUAUGAAUUUGUGAUAUUUUUGGUACAUACAAAGAGAAAUGCAAGUAGGGUCAGAUUAACUACUUGGCUGUGCUUGUCACCGUUAAAUGUUGACAGCUCAAGGCUUGGGUCAGUAUGAAUAGGAAACAAAGGAGUCUUAUAAAAUAUUGAGUCUAAUUCAAGUCCUUCCUGAGUCUCAUCUAUCAAAGUGGUAUACAAAUUAGUUGCCACAUGCUAAAUUACUGUUUGUGGCAACAAAUCUGGAAAGUACAAUCUGUGAUGAGGGAUUACCCUUGGUGGCAAAUAAAGAGAAGUGGACUUUUAGUAUGUUGACAACUUGUUUGGUA